AACCCCUUCCCUGCAGCUUAAUUAGUCAGGAAGGGAAGCAGCGUCUGAUCAUCGUGGGUUCACCCACACACACACGCGCGCGCGCACACACCGGGAACAAGGAGCCGACUCCUCACUCACACCAUCCCUCCCUUCUUCCCCCGUCAACAUGUCCACUUUGGAGCUCCUUUGUGGAUUUUGAUUCUCCUGCUGCAACCUUCUCCGGAUUAUUCAUAAUUUAAAAAAAAAGAAAAAAAAAGAAAACGAACACAAAUCGAGUGAGAGCGAUGCGACAUUGGAUCCGAUAGCGUGAUAGCGUAACGCGAACCCGGCUUUUGUUCCUCGGCAGCAAGGCGAGCAAACGUCGCAAAGCACCGCGGCGAGAAGACGACGUGGAUCAGACCCACCAGAGAACACGCAGAGUGUCUCUGCCUAAACGCGGGAGGGAAACAUGUCCUCGUCCAGAUUCAAGAAGGAUAAAGAGAUCAUUGCGGACUAUGAGACCCAAGUGAAAGAUUGUACAGUACUGUGGGAGGAGGUUGUGAUCAGCGCACUGCAGGAGCAAAAGGUCACCGCCUCAGUCAAUGGUGUUGAGGGCGGAGCACCAUCGACUAUGUGCGGGACGGCGAGACGCAGCUGGCAGUGAGCGGCCAGCGGAGGAGAGAGGUGGGAGAAACCGGAGAGACAGACAUCUGAAAAGAUUGUACUGGAAAUAAUAUACAUAUGAAUCACAUGGUGAUUAAAGGCUUGGUUAAACGGCACAACUGACUCCUGAAGUGAUAUUCGGGGAACGGGUAGGGAACGACCUCUACAUCUGGCGCCCAACGUAAAAAAGGAGAGAGAAAAAAAAAAAAAGACAAAAAAGAAGAAAGGCUGCGAUGUCGUCACCAAACCCCAUAGAGGCGCUUGUACAGCUCCUGGCGGAGGUGUUGACGGCAAACCACCGGCAGAAAGAGGCGAUGCAGCGCCAAAUUGCACAGCAGAGCCAGAUCCUACGAGCGCUCACGGAAAGGUCCGGAGCAGGGACAAUCCCAGCAGCGAGGACGACACUGACGACGGUGGGGAUGCACAGGAUGGCAGAGGCAGAAGAGGCUCAAAGUUUCAUGGACAUGUUUGAGGCGACAGCGAAGGCAUGCGCAUGGCCGGAGGAAGAGUGGGCGGUGCGGCUGCUGCCGUUACUAGCGGGAGAGGCGCAGCGAGCGGCGCUCAGCCUGCCACCGGCGUCCCGGGUGAGCUACCGGGACAUGAGGAGGGCGGUGUUGGACCGGACAGGAGGGUCCAAAGAGGACCACAGACGCCGGUUCCGGACCAUGAGACACGGACCGGAGGAGCGGCCUUUCGCCCUGGGCCAACAGCUAAGAGAUGCGGCGACAAGAUGGCUGCAACCCGGAGGAAUAGAGGAGGUAAUUGAGCAGAUCAUCCUGGAACAAUUCCUGGAGGCAAUCCCGGCGCGGACGUCAGCGUGCGUGGGUCCGCUACCAUCGGCCACAAGGCGUAGCAGCGGCGGUAGCCUUGGCGGAGGACCACCUGGCCGUACACCGGGAGAAGGGGAAGGAGGAGAAGGCUGCAGGAGGAGCGGAGCGGCCAGUCCCGGCGCCGCGCAGGAUGCGGGCGCUGCCAUCCGAAGGAGCCCAGCCGUGGUCACGGCCACGACACAACCCGAGUCUGCUUCCUCCUCCUAAGGGCCAGGCCGCUGCGGACACUUCGUUUCCCCCGCAAACGGCGCCUCGAAUGCCGGGGCAGGUGUGCUGGAGGUGUGGGCGGCUAGGACACCUGCAACGGGAGUGUCCAGCGAUGGAAGUGGGGCAGGUGAUCCGGGUUGGCGAGCCUCCAACACCCUGCCCCGGACCAGGAGAGACAUACUAUGUACCGGUAAGGAUACAAGGGAGUAUACACCGGGCGAUGGUGGAUUCGGGCUGCGAACAGUCCAUGAUUCACCAAAACCUGGUUCGACCUGGGACAUUAAGGAAGGUUACACGGGUGCGGGUUAAAUAUGAGCA